UUGAUUUCCCAAAGAAGAGGCCUUAAACUAGUAGAAACAAAAGAAAUAGAGUAUAUUGCUCCUACUAAGUUUAACUUCGUUAGAUAUGGGUAUCCCUUUUAUCAGUCCUGGGAUAACACCAGUAAACGUUUUUCAGAAAAUUCGAAAAUAAUCGUUGUUGAAGGAAACGUAUGCACUGGGAAAGGUCAUGUUGCGCAAAAGUUGGCUGAGGCUUUUGGAAUGUACUAUUUCAGUGACUGCACAGAUGAUGAUAUCUACACAUUUAAGCUACCCCAGGGCGACUUUGACCUUAGAUCUCAUAACCACGCCUUGCCUGACUUUGCCAAAUAUUACACGACCUCGAUGUUUUGGAACGAUAAAGACCCAAUUAAAAAUGGCAAGCCUCUCUAUCUUCAAAUUCAAUAUUUCGCACGACGCUACUUUAGCUACACUAAAGCGAAAUGUAUGCUCUUCAACACUGGUCAAGGCUCAGUCCUAGAACGUAGUCCGUUCUCUGAUUUCGUUUUCGCGCAGGCCUUAAACCAUUGUGGAUUACUUUCCGAUUAUGCCCUUGAUUGGUUCAUGUAUAAUCAUGCUUCCACUGUCCGAAGUAUUUGGCGUCCUCAUGUCGUCGUCUAUUUGCGAACACCUUUGAGCAUGAUUAGGGAAGAAAUAAAGAAAAGAAAUGUCCCUUGGCAGACAAAUGCUCAUAAUCUUACUGAUAAAUUCAUCACAAGUUAUACAUCUUUAUUGGAGAAGAACUAUCUUGAACCGAUCUCUAAAAUAUCGCAAGUCUUUGUAAUUGAUCGAUCUACAACGGAAAUAUAUGAUGAGGAAGACAUGCGCAUCCAAAUGGAGCGUUUGACAGAUUUUGAGUUGGACGGCAAAGGCCUUCUAAAAGAUGAUAUAAAAUUCCUUGAAUGGCGAGAUAACACCCAUCGUGAAACGCCUAGCAAACGUGCCCGUUGGUUUCGGAGUGUAAUUAAAAACUUUAGAAAAAGAGUUUAUCUUUCUGGUGUAUACGGUACCAAAUUAUAA